AUGGCUCAACCUCCUGGCUUCAUUCAAGAUGAUAAAACUCUUGUUUGCAAGCUUCAAAAAGCUUUGUAUGGCCUCAAGCAGGCUCCAAGGGCUUG